GACGUCUAUACAAAUCUCCCCUCUAACGCCUACAUCCUGAAUACCCGCUUCACAGAGCCAGUUACCGGCCUGUCAGCGACCGCUAUCAAGAGGUCCCAGUAUGGUCUCCUUAUCGCUGGUUAUCAAAUCAUUAUUAUAUUUGCGAUCAGUGGCAUUUGGCAGCUAGCGUCGAACGUUGUAUUCUUGCUGUUCCCACUCCGUGACCGUCAGAUUCGAUUCAUCGGUCUUAUUGCGUUUUGGAACGCCCAUGAUCCGUGGUCCGCAGUGUAUCUCAUGACUUCCUACGUAUGGAACAGGGGGAAGCCAACCGCUACGGGAAAUGACUUCUGGCUGGGUAUGUUGCUACUCCUCACAGCCUUCCUUCUAGCAGUGGGUGGUAUUGUUGCAGGUAUCUUUUACACGGACAGCCUUCAAAUCGGACAAGCCGCACCUGUUCACCCUGCCUCCGUAUUCCUACCAAACAUAGAAUUAUUCCAGGGUGAUCUUGCUACAGCCUUGAGGUACCAAGCCGCAGGUGCUCCAUCCGUUUUGCGAGCUCUAGGAAGUGCAGAAUCGGUUGAUGACAACACUCGUCGCCAAUCCGUCAGUAUUGGAGCACCGAGGCAGCUUCCCGACAGCAACGAAACGCAUCCGAAAUACAGCAUGGACUAUAGCUAUACAAUCACAGCGGCAGACUUCGGUCUGCAAACACAUCGGGGCCUGGUGCACAACGUGAAGGGCAGGUGCGAGACCACAUAUGACUGGCUACAUCCCCUGGAUGUUGAGGGCUCAUGGCCGGGAUCAAUGGAGGUGUACUACCCCUGGGACGACACAGCUUCAGCGGUCCCUGUUGAUGGGCCUAUGUGGCCUGUGCGAGGACAUCUGGAACUGGCAGCGAUCACACAACCCCAGAGCCUUGAAGGCUAUAGCUCCAACCAAACCUACGCCCUGAUCAUCAAAUCCGCCAACGUCCAAUCUUAUUCCUCGACCACGGAUCCAUGGUAUUUCACCGAACGUAUCGAUAGCUUGAACUCAAACUUAUCCAAAGAGGUAACCAUCACGGCGCCUUACCGCGUCAAACCGGGACGCCCCGCCCUUUCCUGUUGGCAAAACACAGAGUUCUGCUUCAGAGGAGCGUGCAGCAGCCGACUAUUCGAGAACCACCGCGCGGAUCGCCAAAAUAUUUCCGAAGGACUACGGGAUAUCUUUACAACUCAAUUUGCGAACCCAAUGAUUGUAUCAAUCGGACUUGCAGCUGGCGUUUCUGCACUAAGGAGCUUUGUUGGAUCCGUUCGCGGCACCAUGAUCGACGCCGCGUCUGCAAAGAUGCAGGAUGAAGUGACACGUCUGGUCUUAGCGGGCUAUCUUGCUUCAAAAGAAGUCCUCCGCGACGUGACGUUGAUGCAGCGUGGCGACUUCGAAAAUUUCUUGCUCGACGACAAGGGAAACCCAAAGCCUGGUGCAGCUGACUUCGUGAUCAAGACUGGAGAUGUUGUCAGUGUCCGACUGGACCUCUUAAUCCUGGCUCCUGUAAUUUGCGUUGUGUUGUGGGUGCUGGUUGGCUUGUUGACCCUUUUAAAGAGG